AUGACUUCCAUGACCGGCCACUGCCGCUGCAAAGCGGUCACUCUGACAAUCCCGGACGCCACGGCCAUGCUAGCCCGUGGAGUGGGCGUCUGUCACUGUACAGACUGUCGGGCAAGCACUGGCGCAGUCGCCGGUAUGGAACUGUCGUCACCCAAGAAGGACGUCCAAAUCAAGGGGUCGCCCAAGGCUUACACCAACAAGGCCGACUCGGGCCAUGAGGUAACGAGGUACUUCUGCGACACUUGCGGCUCGCCGUUGUAUGCCGUGAUGAGCAGGAUGGCCGACUUCAUGUUCAUGAAUGUUGGCAUCUUUCCUCCUAAGACUCUUCCGGCCCCGACUUCUGAGCAUUAUCUGCGUAACCUGGAGUCCUGGGAAAAGCCUUACCCAGGAGUCAAGGCUAAUCAGUAA